ACUGCAGCAUGAGCUUCAAGACGGCGAAUCACCUGAAGAUACACCGGCAGGUGCACACGGGCGAGAAGCCCUAUGGCUGCUCCACAUGCGACAUGAGCUUUGUCCAGUUGUCGGGGCUAAGGCAGCACCUGCUGGUGCACAGCAGUGAGCGGCCCUUCACCUGCUCCGACUGCGGCAAAGGCUUCAAGUCGUCCAAUCACCUGAAGAGGCACAGGCGCCUGCACGCCAGCGAGCACCCCUACACCUGCAGCGACUGCGGCAAAGGCUUCACCCAGUCCAAAGAACUGCUGUCCCACCAGCGCCUCCACACCGGCGAGCGCCCCUACCGCUGCGACCAAUGCGGCAAGCGCUUCACCCACUCCAGCACCCUGCUGGAGCACCAGCGCACCCACACUGGGGAGCACCCCUACCGCUGCGCCGAGUGCGGCAAGAUCUUCAUCCAGUCCAGUCACCUGUUGGACCACCAGCGCACCCACACCGGUGAGCGGCCCUACACCUGCACCCAGUGCGACAAGCGCUCCCAGUCCAGUCACCUGCUGGAGCACCAGCGCACCCACACCGCGGAGCGGCCCUACACCUGCGACCAAUGCGGCAAGAACUUCGUCUGCUCCAGCAGCUUGCUGUCUCACCAGCGCACCCACACCAGGGACCGCCCCUACGCCUGUGCCCACUGCGGCAAGAACUUCACCCAGUCCAGUCACCUGCUGAAGCACCAGCGCACCCACACUGGGGAGCGGCCCUACACCUGCACCCAAUGCGGCAAGGGCUUCAUUUGCUCCAACAGCCUGCUGGGGCACCAACGCACCCACACCGGGGAGCGCCCCUACAUCUGCACCCAGUGCGGCAAGGGCUUCAACCGUUCUAGUUACCUGCUGGAGCACCAGCGCACCCACACCGGGGAGCGGCCCUACACCUGUGCCCAGUGCGGCAAGAACUUCACCCAGUCCAGUCACCUGCUGAAGCACCAGCGCACCCACACCGGGGAGCGCCCCUACAUCUGCACCCAGUGCGGCAAGGGCUUCAACCGUUCUAGUCACCUGCUGGAGCACCAGCGCACCCACACCGGGGAGCGGCCCUACGCCUGUGCCCAGUGCGGCAAGAACUUCACCCAGUCCAGUCACCUGCUGAAGCACCAGCGCACCCACACCGGGGAGCGCCCCUACACCUGCACCCAGUGCGGCAAGGGCUUCAACUGCUCCAACAGCCUGCUGGGGCACCAGCGCACCCACACCGAGGAGCGCCCCUACAUCUGCACCCGGUGCGGCAAGAACUUCACCCAGUCCAGUCACCUGCUGAAGCACCAGCGCACCCACACCGGGGAGCGGCCCUACACCUGCACCCAGUGCGGCAAGCGCUUCACCCGGUCCAGCAACCUGCUGGUGCACCAGCGCAUCCACACCGGCGAGCGCCCAUUCACCUGCACCCAGUGCGGCAAGGGCUUCAACCAGUCAAGCACCCUGCUGGUGCACCAGCGCACCCACACUGGCGAACGCCCCUACACCUGCGUCCAGUGCGGCAAGGGCUUCACCAGCUCCUCCAAGCUACUGUCCCACCAGCGGGUGCACUCCUGUGACCGUCCCGUCCCCAGCCCGGUGUGUGGAGAGCGCUUUGCCAAGGCCUCCCACGCCCUGUCUCACCAGCACGUGCACACCAAUGGCCAGCCCUACGACUGCCCGUACUGUGGUGAGUCGUUUGACAGCUUGCGGGGGUUGCGGCAACACCGGCGGACCCACGCCGGCGAGCAGCUGCUCCCACUGUGA